UUGCAUGGUCUUUCUUUUGUUUUGUUUUAUUACUCGUUUCCUAUGUGAAUCUACUAAUAUGUUUUGCUUUUGUGAAUCUGUGGACGUGGUUUAUGUGAUCCUAUGAAUAUAUUGUUAAUUUUUAUUCUCAUUAUUGCUGUUGAGACCAAGAUUAAGAAGGGAAAUUGUGGGAAUCAAAAUCGGAUUCUGGAGAUCAGUUCACCAAUUUGUGAAAUGUCGUGCUAAAUGCCAUGUAUCUGUACUUUCCUAAAUCAGGGAAUCAAGAUUUAUUGUUGUUGAGACCAAGAUUAAGAAGGGAAAUUGUGGGAAUCAAAAUCUGAUUCUGGAGAUCGGUUCACCAAUUUGUGAAAUGUCGUGCUAAAUGCCAUGUAUGUGUACUUUCCUAAAUCAGGUAAUCAAGACUUAUUGUUGUUGAGACCAAGAUUAAGAAGGGAAAUUGUGGGAAUCAAAAUCUGAUUCUGGAGUUCAGUUCAUCAAUUUGUGAAAUGUCGUGCUAAAUGCCAUGUAUGUGUAGCUUCCUAAAUCAGGGAAUCAAGACUUAGUAGACCAACUCAUUUAGGUUCAAGUGAAUUUCUUCUCAAUUUGUAGCUGAUCAAAUUUUAUCACACAUUUGAACGUAAGAAAUGGGAGACGAUGCCCAGUUACGUACAUGGGUCUCUGAGAAGCUAUUCUCAAUCUUGGGCUACUCGCAGCCAGCAGUGGUCACCUUCAUUAUUGAAAUUGCAAAAAAAUCAGCUUCACCAGCUAAUGUAGUUCAGAAACUUAUCGAGAAUGGCUUUUCGUCAUCAACAGAGACACACGUAUUUGCUGAAGAGAUCUAUUCUAAAGUUCCACAUAAGGCCGCUAGUUUAAAUAGUUACCAAAAAGCAGAGAAAGAAGCUGCACGUUUUGCUAGAAAGCAAAUGAAAUAUAGUCUUGUAGAUGCUGAUGAAGAAGAAGAUCAAGUAUCUGCAGUUUCAGGAGUUCCAUCUAAGGGUUGCAAGGGUUCUGGUGUUCAAGCUAAGCAUAUUAUAAAAAAGAUGUGUAAGCAUGAAGAAGAAGAAAAAGAAGACGAACACAAUAAGGCGACUAUCCAAGCAGUUAGGAGAAAAGAAGAUCGAUACUCUCAUGAUGAUGACAAUUAUGAAAGAGAGCUAGAGUUAGAUAGAAUACGUGAUCAGCAGGAGCGAAUGGAAUUGGAAAAACGGCUUAGAGAAAAGGAUGCAGCUGCAACAAGGAAGAUUAUGGAGCCAACUUUAACACAGAAAGAGGAAAAGGAAGCACUUCAGAGAUCAAAAUCUCAGCAGAACAAUGAUAUUUCAAACUUCAGAAAAGUUUCAAGGCAAGAAUAUCUAAAAAAAAGAGAGCUGAAAAAAUUAGACGAGCUUUGGGAUGACAUUGAAGAUGAAGAGUAUCUUUUUGAAGGCGUACAUGUAACAGAAAAGGAGUGUCAAGAAAUGAGGUACAAGAAAGAAAUGUAUAGACUUGCAAAGAAACGAGCUGAAGAGGUGGAUGAGAUAAUGGAGUAUAAGAUGCCAGAAGCAUAUGACUUUGAUGGCUGUGUAAAUCAAGAGAAAAGAUUCUCUGUCGCACUGCAACAUCAUAGGGAUACUGGUGGUGAGAAGAUGAACCCAUUUGCAGAACAAGAAGCAUGGGAAAAGCAUCAAAUAGGAAAAGCAAUUCUAAAUUUUGGAGCUCGAGACAGGAAGAAACAAACACAAGACUAUGAGUAUGUCUUUGCGGAUCAGAUUGAGUUCAUCAAGACAUCUGUCUUGGACGGAGUGAAGUAUGAAAAUGAAUUGCCUAGGGAGAUUGAUGCUUCAUUUGCCAAAACAAUGCUACAAAAACUGCAGGAUGAUAGAAAAACCUUGCCCAUUUAUUCUUAUCGGGAGGAGUUACUUCAGGCUGUUGAAGAUCAUCAGGUUCUUGUAAUUGUUGGUGAGACGGGCUCAGGGAAAACUACUCAGAUUCCUCAAUACCUUCAUGAAGCUGGUUACACAAAAAAAGGAAAGAUUGGUUGCACACAGCCACGUCGUGUUGCGGCAAUGAGUGUGGCUGCACGUGUUGCCCAAGAGAUGGGGGUCAAGCUUGGGCAUGAGGUGGGCUAUUCAAUGCGGUUUGAAGAUUGUACUUCAGACCGUACAAUUUUGAAGUAUAUGACUGAUGGGAUGCUUAUGAGGGAGCUUCUUGGAGAACCUGACUUAGGAAGCUACAGUGUCAUCAUGGUGGAUGAAGCUCAUGAGAGAACCCUGUCAACCGAUAUUUUGUUUGGUUUAGUCAAGGAUAUAGCACGCUUUCGGCCGGAGCUAAAGCUUCUUAUAUCGAGUGCAACCCUUGAUGCUGAAAAGUUCAGUGACUACUUUGAUUCUUCCCCUAUUUUUAAAAUACCAGGAAGACGUUUCCCAGUUGAGAUCCAUUAUACAAAAGCUCCAGAGGCAGAUUAUUUGGAUGCUGCGAUAGUUACUGUGUUACAGAUACAUGUGACACAGCCAGCUGGUGAUGUUCUUGUUUUCCUUACGGGGCAAGAAGAAAUAGAAGCAGCAGAAGAGAUUCUGAAACACAGAACUCGAGGCUUGGGAACAAAAAUUGCAGAGCUCAUCAUAUGCCCAAUUUAUGCGAACCUUCCAACAGAUCUUCAAGCUAAGAUAUUUGAACCAACUCCUGAAGGUGCUCGAAAAGUUGUCUUGGCAACAAAUAUUGCAGAGACAUCACUUACAAUUGAUGGAAUAAAAUAUGUUAUUGAUCCUGGAUAUUGUAAAUUGAAUUCCUAUAAUCCAAGAACAGGUGUGGAGUCAUUACUGGUUACUCCUAUCUCUAGAGCAUCUGCUUUGCAGAGGGCAGGUAGAUCUGGGCGUACUGGCCCUGGGAAAUGCUUUCGUCUUUACACUGCAUAUACCUAUCACCAUGAAUUGGAAGACAACACAAUUCCUGAGAUUCAGAGAACGAAUCUUGCAAAUGUUGCACUAAUGCUAAAAAAGAUGGGCAUCAAUGACCUAAUUAAUUUUAAUUUUAUGGAUUCGCCACCUUUGGAGGCAUUAGUUAAGGCACUUGAGCAACUUUUUGCCCUUGAUGCACUUAAUAGCAGAGGGGAGCUGACAAAGACAGGAAGUCGGAUGGCAGAGUUACCUCUUGAUCCCAUGCUCUCUAAGAUGAUUGUUGCAUCUGAUAAAUACAAAUGUUCUGAAGAGAUCAUUUCAAUAGCGGCAAUGCUUUCUGUUGGCAACUCAAUCUUUUAUUGUCCGAAGGAUAAGCAAGUACAUGCUGAUACUGCUAGAAUGAACUUCCAUGUGGGCAAUGUUGGUGACCACAUUGCCUUGUUAAAGGUUUAUAAUUCAUGGAAAGAAACAAACUUUUCCACUCAAUGGUGCUACGAGAAUUAUAUUCAGGUGAGGAGUAUGAAACGUGCUAGAGAUAUUAGAGAUCAGUUGCAAGGACUGUUAGAGAGGGUGGAGAUUGAACUUACCUCUAACCCAAAUGUUCUUGACCCCAUCAAGAAGGCCAUAACAUCAGGCUUUUUUCUCAACUCAGCAAAGCUGCAAAAGUUUGGGGUAUAUCGUACUGUCAAAAACACACAAACUGCACUUAUACAUCCAACCUCUGGUCUAGCACAGGUUCUCCCUAGAUGGGUAAUUUACCACGAAUUGGUGCUAACAACGAAAGAGUACAUGCGUCAGGUUACAGAGGUGAAACCAGAAUGGCUGGUUGAAAUAGCUCCGCACUACUACCAGUUAAAAGAUGUUGAAGAUGCUGGAACACAAAAACUGCCCCGUGGGAAAGGUCGGGCAGCUCCGGACUGAUAGUUCAUCAUGGAGAUGAAUGGAUGCCAGUAGGCGUUCUCAACAAAAUGGUUUUAGUUGAUCCAUUCAUUGCAUUUGCAGGCAGUCGUGGUGCCAACGAAGUGUCAAGUGACUUUCGGCAAGUCAUGAACAAGAGGUGUUGCCCCAAGUGACGUAUGUUGGCAUUCAUGUUGAUAAUUGGAUGGCAACGGAAGGUCUUGUCGGAAGCUUCAGGUUGUUCUCCUAUGAAGAUAGAAAUACCAAUACAUUGGAUAGCAAUUCUGCGUUGCAUUUUACAAGUUGAAUAUUGCACAUUUUACAUUAUAUGGAUAAGUUAUUUGGAAUUUUGGACAAGCUGUUUUUUUCGUUGUUGAUGAUUGGAUCCCUUGUUUUGUUCUUGAAGAACGAUUUUCAUGUAUUCUAUCUUAUCCAAGUCUGUAGACAAAUAAAUGGUUUGCAUUCUGAGUU